UAAUCAAUUGCCUUUUAAUCGCUUUGUGGUUUGGUCGAAUUGCCAGAUUCACAAGUAAAUCUGUUGGUCUCUUCGAGGAGCCGAUAUCCAUGGAUCAAGCAGAGUUAAAGACGGAACAGGUUCUCAAGAGGGACAUUCCAUGGGAGACUUAUAUGACGACUAAGCUGAUCACAGGAACAUGCCUUCAGCUUUUAAGGCGUUACGAUAAAAGAACUGAAAGCUACCAAGCAACACUACUUGAUGAUGAGGGUACAGCUUAUGUUCGGGAGUUUGUCAACAUUUUGCAUGCCAUAAACAAGCAAGAAACAGUGGAAUAUAUUCUAGCUCUUAUUGAUGAAAUGCUCACAGCAAAUCCAAAGCGGGCCAGACUAUUCCAUGACAAAUCUCUCGCAAAUGAAGAUACCUAUGAACCUUUCUUAAGAUUGCUUUGGAGGGAUAACUGGUUUAUGCAAGAGAAGAGCUGUAAGAUAUUAUCUCUGAUUGUAAGUGCUAGACCAAAAACUCAAAAUGGUCUGUAUGAAAAUGGAGCCUCAAAUUCAAAGAGCAAGCUUAAUUCUAUUGAUGAUGUUUUGAAAAGAUUGGUGGAAUGGCUAUGUGCACAGCUGAAGAAGCCUUCCCAUCCUACUCGUGGCGUCCCAACUGCUAUCAGUUGCCUAGCAUCUUUGCUGAAGGAACCAUUGGUCAGAUCUUCUUUUGUUCAAGCAGAUGGGGUUAAGCUCCUCGUUCCGUUGAUUUCUCCAGCAUCGACUCAGCAAUCUAUGCAGCUCCUUUAUGAAACAUGCCUUUGUGUAUGGCUCUUGUCCUUCUAUGAACCUGCGGUGGAAUACUUGGCAACUUCUAGGACCCUGCCACGUUUAUUAGAGGUCGUUAAAGGUUCCACUAAAGAGAAGGUUGUGAGAGUUGUUGUCUUAACCCUUAAAAACUUGCAUUCAAAAGGAACAUUUGGGGCUCAAAUGGUUGACCUAGGAUUACCACAAAUUGUACAAAAUCUGAAAGCGCAAGCAUGGAGUGAUGAGGACCUGUUGGAGGCUCUGAAUCAACUGGAAGAGGGGCUUAAAGAUAAUAUUAAGAAACUGAGUUCUUUUGACAAGUACAAGCAAGAAGUUCUUCUUGGGCAUCUAGACUGGUCACCCAUGCACAAAGAUCCAAAUUUUUGGCGUGAAAACAUAACAAAGUUUGAAGAGAAUGAUUUCCAGAUUUUACGGGUCCUCAUCACAAUCUUGGAUACUUCUAGUGAUCCCAGAGCACUGGCAGUUGCUUGUUAUGAUCUCGCACAGUUUAUUCAGUAUCAUCCAGCUGGACGGAUCAUAGUUACUGAUCUCAAGGCUAAGGAGCGUGUUAUGAAGUUAAUGAAUCAUGAAAAUGCUGAGGUAACAAAAAAUGCCCUUUUCUGUAUUCAGAGGCUUUUCCUUGGGGCAAAGUAUGCUAGCUUUUUGCAGAGUUAGGACCCUGUGAUACAUGGUUUACAAGUUGGUGUCUCAGAAGUCUGUGGACAUACAAGGUUAUAUGGAAAUUUGGAUUUAAGUG